GUGACACAGCAUCAGCUCGGUGCUGACAGCUCUAGACUUGAAGAAAGAACCAAUUCGAGCUAUUUUUGCUGCUGUGUCUGUUUAAGGUCGCUGUACAGGUUACAUCACAUUCGUCGUCGGAGGAACUGCCAAGUGAAUUCUAGUGGUUCUUUCAGUUAAGAAGAAUGCCACCCGUGAUCUCCACUUCACUGCUGGCUCUAGAAGAGAACCCAAGGGAACUCUACCUAGAAGUGACAUCUGUCUUGCUUCGACUUGCCAACAAUGUGAUUAAAAAUCCAUCUGAUCCCAAAUACAGAAGCAUAAGGCUGGCGAACCCUACUGUGGCCAACAAACUGCUUCCUGCAGUGGGUGCCAUGGAGUGCCUCUUUGAAAUGGGCUUCAAGGAGGCUGAUGACUGCUUAGUACUUCCUGGAAAUUCAAACUUGGAAAAAUUGAAAGCAAUUCAUGAUCAAAUAUUGGCUCGACGAAACAGCGUUUCCACUCAACCUGCUCCUGUAACAUCACCAUCGUCUUCAUCUACUGCCAGCAAAGAUGAUGCCACAUCACAGUCUUCGAAAGCUAGAGCUUCUGUUGUUGAACAACAGCCAAUAGCAACCUCAUCGCAAAACAAGCAGGUGUCCGGCACUGAUGAAAGUGCUCCAAGCACAUCAGGUGGACAGACUGCUGAAGAAAACACUUGGAAAUCAAAACCUCGCCUACCCACAUCGGGAUUCUUAGAAAGAAUAAUUUCUGCCUCAGAUGUUGUUUUAGUGUACAGUACAAAAGAAAAACUUGAAAUCGCCAAAACAUACAUUCCUCUUGUUGAGCUUGAAACAGCUGCUUUAGAACAGCUCCGUAGAAUUCAGAAAAUUGUGAAAAAAGAACAGGGGGAUAAAACUGAGAAUGUCUCUGUGGAACCAAGUAUGCAGGAAUUACUCCUAAUACAGUUAUUAUCUUGGUUUAAAGGAAAAUUUUUCUCUUGGGUGAAUGAUCCUCCUUGCCAUUUUUGUUCUGGGAAAACGAAGUUUAGAAGGACAGAUACCAGAGAUGAUUUGAGAGUGGAGGUGUAUGAGUGUGCUUUGUGUUUCCAAGAAACUGAAUUUCCAAGGCACAUAGAUCCUUUGAAACUGCUGAAGACCAGGAAUGGGCGAUGUGGGGAGUGGGGUAGAUGCUUCACAUUUUUAUGUCUUGCUCUUGGAUGGGACAGCCGCCUUGUCAUUGAUGAGACUGAUCAUGUCUGGACCGAAGUGUUUCUGACUUCUCAAUCACGAUGGGUUCAUUGCGACCCCUGUGAGAAUGCUUUUGAUUCUCCUCUCAUGUAUGAAGUAGGAUGGAAGAAAAAGCUAACUUACAUUCUUGCAUAUUCUCCUGAUGAUGUACAAGAUGUUACUUGGCGUUAUUCUGCUAAUCACAAAGAAGUUCUGAAGCGCAGAAAUAUCUGCAAAGAAUCGGAGCUACUUACCACUAUUAUGCGACAGAGAAAUAUUUUACAGCAGAAUCUCUCCACUGCACGGAAAGACUACCUUCGGAAGCGCACACUCUUUGAACUUGUAGAAUUGUGGAAUGAACCAUCUGAUAAAGAUGGAAACUAUCAGGGUCGUCAGUCGGGAUCUCUGGCAUGGCGAUUAUCCAGGGGAGAAACAUCAGUAGCAUCUGAACAUGAGCCCUACAUUUGGAAACCAACCAAGUCUGAAAUCGAAAAGAAGGAAAUGCAUAUCCAAUUCCUCCCUGGUCUAGACCAGUACAGAAGGGGUCCAAACUCAAAGGAAGGACCUGUAUUGGGCUGGCAAAAUGGAGCAAGUAAUGUAAAUAGCAUAUUCCGCAAAGAGGAAGUUGACUGGAAAAUGGUGUAUUUAGCAAGAAAAGAGGGUUGCCAAAAGGGAUCAAUAACCUGGAGCGUUGACUUAUCAGGGAGUGGAUUAGUGGUUGACAGCAUUAAACUGGCGCUUGCCUCUAAAGUCUUUGAAACUGGUCAAGUUAAUGCCCUGGUUUGUGGAGCUGAUUGUUGUGUUAAAGUACCUACAGAAAAUCCAGACACUUCUAUUUCUACCACAGCUUUGGGUGGUGCUUCGUCUAUAAAGUUGACAGUCGACCUCAGUGGUGGGAAUGGAAAUAUUGCCUGGCAGCAUUCACAGCUUUUCCGCACCGAAGUAGGUAGUUCUGAUGUAGGUCUUAACUUAUUAAUUAAGUUAAAGCCAUCUUAACAAAUUGUUGAGACUAUACUCGUAGAGUAAAAUCUGUCAUAUUUAUUAGGAUGCAGACAUAUUUUACCAGAGUGGUACAAUUAUUUUGUGCUUCAUCAAUAGGGUCUUGUGGACUAAAUCUUUUACCAUUGUGUACGGUGAGACACAUAUUUGCUUUACUUUUAUUCCACUUUUUAAAGUUUUUAAGAAAGAAUAAUUUUUUUUCUUUUUUUAAACGCUGAAUUAGACCGAAUGCACUAGUAGCUGUGCUGUAAAGAGAAGUCAAAUGUGUUUUUCUUACUUCAAUUUGCUAAAAUUAAUUAGUAAGCCUUUGGAAGCUGCAGGUUUGAAUAAGAAUGGAAACUGAACUCAGAUUUGAUCAAGACACCUAGAUUUUAAUGUCAGAGGCUAAUGAAGACAACAAUAUUAAGUCUACAUACCUGUUCCUAUGACUACCCAGUGUUUUAGAUUGAUCUAUUGAUUCUUGUUACCAUACAUUUUAAUACUGGGGGAGCCACAUCACUUUAAAUUUAUCUUGGCCUAUGUGAGAAUUUUUUCUGAACCUAGUGAUAAGAAUACCUGAAGAUAUUUUUCAUGUAUAUCUGUGAUAAAGACUUAUCAUACUCAUCAAAACAAUUGUGGGCCAUGGAGGGAAUGGAUUUGUGGUGAUAUCAAUCAUGUUAAUUUUCACAAGACCAUAAAAUUGUUUUGUUGAUGGUGAGCACUCAUGAGCACUGCAUGAGAAACUGACACCAAUAGACCAUCAAUUUACAUCUGUGACGCUCUGCCUGUGAAUGAAGUAUUUUUUAGCAAUUUAGAAAAGCAAUAACUUUGUAGGUGACAGUCGUUUUUGUGCCAUCCUGAUUGUAUAUUAAUUAAAUCCUAGACGCAUCAACUACUUUUAAGAUUGAUAUUUGAUAUUUAAAGAGAGCAUUAAAACUAACAUUCAAAGCAAUAA